AUUACUAAAAUAAAACAUGUCUGCAAAAAGCUACCUUCACUUGCAUUGCAUAUGUUGUUACGAAUCUUGUUGAACUCAACCCAUUUCGUUUCUCUUUUUUCCCCACACCGUUUUAUUAUUUACCAGAAGAACUCAAACAACUUACUUAUUUAGAUCUCCAUGAGUUUUGAGGGUACCAUUCUACUAUGCUGAAAGCGGCAUUGCACCAGUUAAAUUCAGAACCAGUUGUUAUUUUGAAGAAAAUUGAAAAAUGUUCAAAGAACACAUUACCAGAUUACACAACUAAUAGAGACAGAGAUGCAAUGCAGAGAUAUCAAAUUGUCAAAAAAUCCCCUGAUCCUAGAGAUCACAGUUCAACCUCGCUCAAUUUAAAAAUCAAUCUUUCAGGUGGUGUACCAACUUGUCUGAAAAGAAAAGCAUCUCUAGAAGAUGCAUUUACAGAAGCUGAUACUGUCUAUGAAACACCCAAAAAACUUAGAAGAGAUGAAAGCGUUGAAUCUGAAUUUCAAAAGAAAAAAUCGAAACAUCAUCAAGCGGAGAAAAAGGCAAUACAAGAUCAAAAAUCCAAAAUGUCAGAAAAUGACAAGGAAAAAGGGAAACUAAAGAAAAAGGUGGAAAAAGAAAAAUUGAAGUCUACAAAGCCAGAACAUCGCUUUGAAACGGGUGGAAGUGGUUUAUCUUCAUCUGAACUCCAAAACGCGCAUUCCCAAAAGAGAGUUAAAAAGCACGAAAGGAAGAAGAAGAAAUCUAAAGAAAAUUCGAAAGACAGUAGCAAAUGCGCUUCUAAAAAUUCCAUUUCAGGAAACAGGGAGCAAUUUUGUUCUAGGGAAAUCACCAAUGAUACCGGAGAACCUGUUGUGUUAAUUAGUCAACAGAUUGACAACAUUGAAGAAGUUUCAAUCACUAGCCCUAAGCCUACGUCGUCGAAUGAGGUAGUCACAGAUGAAGAGGUAUUAGAAGACCCGGAUGACCAGACUGGUGCACUUGUUCAAGAGGAAAAUAACUUUGAUGUUCCUCGUAGCGAUUCUGCCGCAACAGUUGCUCUUGAUAUUGAAAUCGAUAGGCAAAGCAUUAACAGUUCUGUCGAUAACACAGAGCCAGUAGAAUUUGUUAAUCUGGUGUCACCCGAUAAGGCAAGCUCGGCGGCCGAGAACACUGGUCUUCCAUCGAACUCAACAACAGAGGACGAAAUGGAAUUCCAAGUGCAGUGCUCACAGAGCGUUAACCCCUCCGAUGAAAUUUGUGAACAGGAUCGUUUGGAAUACGAAAAGCAAAUUCAAGAUGAAGUACUACAUGAUACAUCUGCAGUAUUGAGGGAUGAUGCCGAAAAAGAAGAUCCUUUCCCAGUUGUCAAUCUCAAUGGUCCAUUAGCAAACACUAUUGGCAGUAUUGCUCGUGCAGACCCUGUGGACGAGGAAAAUGUCGUGAUCGAAAAGAAUUCCAUAGGAACUGACAAUACUACGCCAUUGGAUACUUCAAACAACUAUCCAGGUAAAUGUUCACAAAUUGAUGAAGUGGAAAAGUCUGCCCAUAUGGAAGCCGACAAACCUGAAAUGGACAGCAUGGAGGACCAAUCUGACACAUUACCCCUUGAGUGUCUAGAAAAGAGCGUUGUGCCACCAUCACAUGUAGAAGCCGAACAGGAUGAAACAGCUGUUUGUGUGGCAAAAACGGCUGGUUUGUCUUCAUCGGCUAGUCUUAAAACAGUUUCAAGUGCCCCUAUGUCAAUGGUUCGGGACCAUUUUGAUGAAAAAACUGGAACAAAGAUCGUGGCUUCAGUAGAUAAAGUGUGCUGCAUGUCAAUUGAUGUCCCAGUUGAGCAGCUUAACCAGCGAGAAUGGGAAAUCCUACAAGAGAAAUUGCAAAUCCAAGCCGCUCUUUCAGGAAUUUUUUCUGAACGUCGAACCUUGAAUAAAGAGCUCCGCUUACUUGUGUCCAAGUCACAGAAACUGGAACAAGAAUCAGGCAUGAAAAAUAUAGGUAUAUCUGCUAAUGUCCUUACGGUCAAAGCAUUAACAGACGAGGUGAAUAUUGCACGCGAAGAACGCAAUCGGCUGGCGGCGGAAAAGAAAAAAACUCACCAUAUGGUGCUCCAAACAGAGAUCAAGCUAAGAGAAUUACAAGUGCAGUUAAUUCGCCAACAGCUGGAUCAAGGCGACACCAAGCUUGUUGAGUCAAAUCCGUUGCUCGAUAUCACCGAAAAUGAAAAACGUGUCGCCGAUCUGACGGAAGAAGUUGCCAACAAGUCUACUGUGCAUAAACAGACGGAAACAGCCUAUCAAAAAGCUGAACAUAUUUUUCGACAGAAAAAUGAAGAACUCGAGUCGCUCGUAAAAGUUUUGGAAGAAACUCGUCAAAUGUGCCAAGAGCUAAACGAUGAUCUCAACAAAGUUACCUCGGAAAUCGAAAAAGCCAAGCUGAAACUAGAGAACCUGGCAGAUGAAGGAAAGAGAAGAUGUCUACGGGCAGUUGACAUUGAGGAGGAAAUAAUCAAACUAGAAUUCUGUAAAAAACUUAAACAAAAUGAAGUGAAAAGACAGGAGAUUACAGCCAUUAAAGACGCCAUGGCAUUUGAGGAAAUGAUCCCUAAUCUGAAUAUUUUACUUGCAAUCGAAAUUCAUGCAGAAAAAACUGAAUCAGAAAUUAUGAUCUCCCCACUGCCGGAGAACCCGACAUCAGUGAACGUUGAUUCGUCUAAUCAGGAGCCAUCGCCUUCUCGUCCAAUUGUGCAACGCCUGCCUAGUACUGUACCGCCAGUGACGGUUGCCGAAUCACUGUCGAUUUUGCCAACAGAAGAAGCCGCAACAUUAGUUAUUGAAACAGUAGCUGUGUCCCCGGAACUGCCAUCACAUGAUGAAAUGGAAUGCGAAGCAUUGCCACCUCAGACUCAACCGAUCUGUUUGAGGAUACAGAAUACAUCCGUCGUUGACUUUAGCCCUACCCUAUCUAGCACAACAACGCCGGCCCUGGGAUCGCCCUCCAUCACUCAGUCCGCACCAUCUAACAAUCCUGUAGCCAUUCGAAUGGCAGAUAGUUUGAGUAGCUCUGAAUCUAUGCAAGCUUCUACAAGCCAAAAUAUAACUACCGCUUCGUUUGCGGUGUUACCUCUGGCAAUCUCAUUGAAAUGGUUGAGUGACGCCUAUCCUUUCUAUUCCCAGUUUAUAAAUCCCAAUAGUCCAAAGGCAAACUCGGAUGAUGAAACAAUCCUUAAUCAAGAAAUUGUGAACGCUUGUCGUCAAUUUACCCACUGGAAAUGUAAUUACGCCUGUUCGAAGGAUAUUACCAGCCUCAGUCGUGAUAACCCCUUAUUGCGACAGGGCGCUGAAUAUAUGAAGGACUACUUCAUACCGUUCUAUCGGCUUAUGAUUAAGAAGAAUACUACGGCCGCCUCACUGUUUGAUUGGAUCGUUCUGCAAGCCCAAAAAGCCAAUUGGUAUGGUAUGCCGGCCGUAGAUUCCACGUACAUGAAGCAAAUGCUAGAGAACAACCUACGAUGCGCAAUUGAGAUCGGGAUAAAGUUUAAAGAUCAAGCCUGCAUACUUCCUUCGCGCGUGGAAUUUUCUCCUUCAUCGGGAAAAUCAUCAAUGCCGACUUUUACGAUCCACUUAGCCACUCCCGAAGCAUUCCGAUCCCCAACUUUGGCAAGCCAUCUGCAAAUUUCCGCUCAAAGUUCCACCGAACAUUCACCAGUAGAGCGGAGCCAAGCUACCAGAGUUAUGCAAGAUGGUCAUUCCCCCAUCGGUGCGCUCAGCACAAUGCUCACAAACCACGUUCGUCAAGUUCAUCAUCAGACACCUACGUUUGCCCAUAAUAGCCCUAACGCCUUGAUGACAGAAGGACAUUCUACCAUGCCACGUCAAGGUUGGACUAGUAACUCCGAAAGUAACGGACUUGCCUAUCCGUCCACAGUAGUGCAAAAUACUUCCGUUGUUACCCCAUUAAUGAACGCACAAUACACAGGUAGACAUCGGAUGCCAGCGGUACAGCAAACAGUUCCGCCACCACAGUCUGCUUGGCCACAACAACAAGCAGCUCACCAAGCAUACGUACAAACUCUGCAGUCAAAUCGAAUGCAAGUCCCUGUCAGCUAUCAAGCAGGGUCUUAUCGACAGCAACAGGCGACGCUGCAACACCAGUACACCAGCCACAAUGGUUUGCAACAAAUGAGUCAAUCGCAACAACUUCAGCAUUGUUUGAUUGGGACUGGUGCAGGAGACAAUUUGUCCCGCCAAAACAUGUCCUUACUGGGGUCACAUCUACAGGGACAGAUACCUGUUCAGCAACAGCGUGUGAGGCAGCAUUCUGCUUCACAACAGCUGCCUAACCAGCAGCCAGGAUCAAAUCACAUCGCUGGAAUACAGCAGCAGCAAGUGUCGCAGUCGCAGUCUCAUUCUUUGUCAGGCGGACACCAAAUGAUACAAAAACAGCGCCAGAUACCCAUGUCUUCGCCACCAGUUAAUGCCCAAACUCAAAGACAUUUUGCUGGCCAAUCAUCGGAGGUUUCUAGGCAACCUAUCAGUCGUCGGCCUUCACGAGAAGUGCCACAACACCAAGUUUAUACCUGUCUUAAGUGUGGUCAAGAAGCCCAACAAAAGUGCAGUGGGUGCCAAACUACAUUUUACUGUUCCCGUGACUGCCAGGUGGCGCAUUGGGAUGAACAUGGGAAGACGUGCUCAAAACAGGUUUGAUAAAAACCGAAGGUUAAUUAGACCCGAUAUACGCAUCGCAUUGACUGUAGUGACAACCUUGAAUUUGAUUCCCUGAUGACUACAAUGUUGUGUCCUAUCUGUUUCCGGAAUCGCGUUUCUGCGUAUUCAAACGUCUUGAAUGGCUCAGUUUCAUCUGUAGCGGUGCUAUCUUUCUAAGACGGAGUUGUCGCUAGUAUUACGCAGAAAAUAAGGAGAGCCAUUUUACGUGUUGUCGCAUAUGUCUAUCCUGCUCUCUAUACUUGAAAAGCUUGACGUUGUAUCGGAGUCAUGUUUGUCCAUUAAAUGUAAUGCGCCUGUAUAAGUGUACAUGCCAUUUGUCUUUGCUGAUUGAAUUAUCUCUAUUGUUUUUUUUUUAAAUUCAGACUUGUCGCUAUUGAAAUUCAAUUUUUAAUAAAUUUAAAUUGGUGUUGAAAAUACAAUCAAAAUGGUUUUCUUGUUAA